UGCGCACAGAGGUUUGAAAACAUGCCGCGGACACAGACACACCGCAUCUCUCUCUUCCAUAAAGGAUUUAUGGAAAGUUUGGUUUGACGCGCUUGGAGUAAGUCCAUUUUGACGAAGGAGUACUGUGCGUAAUCUGAGCGCUUUUUUGAGGAUAUCCAGAUGACAAGACCUGCAUGUUGCGGGUUGCCCUCAGCAUCUACCGGGGAUUUUAAGGCGGAAUAUGGCGAAGAGAAUGAAAUGUGCACACGUUGUGGUCUUGUUUUGUACUUUCUUCCUAACGCUUUUCUGGAACGCCAAAGGACAAGGGACUUUUAAUAGAGAGACAGGUUUCAGUUUGAACCCUCCGUAUUUUAACCUCGCAGAGGGUGCUCGUAUCUCAGCCACUGCAACCUGCGGCGAGGAUGAAGCAGGGAGACCAAGGCAGGAUUUGUACUGUAAACUGGUUGGUGGACCUACAACAGCGGUUCUCAGCCAGAAUAUACAGGGCCAGUUCUGUGAUUACUGUAACUCCAAUGACCCAAACAAAGCUCAUCCAGCCUCAAACGCCAUUGAUGGGACGGAGAGGUGGUGGCAGAGUCCUCCUUUAUCCAGAGGUCUGAUCUACAAUGAGGUCAACGUCACCCUGGAUCUCGGACAGCUCUUCCAUGUUGCGUAUGUCCUCAUCAAGUUUGCCAAUUCUCCUCGGCCAGACCUUUGGGUGCUGGAGCGCUCUGUGGACAGUGGGCGAACCUAUAGUCCCUGGCAAUAUUUUGCACAUUCAAAGCGAGAGUGUAUUGAACGAUUUGGAAAACAACCCAAUGCCCGAAUAGUAAGAGAUGAUGAUCAGAUCUGCACCACCGAAUACUCCCGGAUUGUGCCACUGGAGAAUGGAGAAAUUGUGGUGUCUCUGGUCAAUGGUCGUCCCGGAGCCCAAAACUUCACAUAUUCCCCGGUACUGAGAGACUUCACCAAGGCCACAAACAUACGGCUACAUUUAAUCCGGACAAGCACUCUUCUGGGCCACCUCAUCUCCAAAGCACAGAGGGACCCCACUGUCACACGCAGGUAUUUCUACAGUAUCAAAGACAUCAGUGUUGGAGGGCGCUGUGUCUGCCACGGACACGCACAAGUUUGUGGAGGCAAUCGGCAUGAGGAGAGCUCCAGCAGACUGCAGUGCCAGUGCCAGCACAACACCUGUGGAGAGUCAUGUGACCGCUGCUGCCCGGGUUUUAACCAGAAGCCGUGGCGCGCUGCAACCGUCCACAGCCCCAAUGAGUGUCAGCCCUGCCAGUGUUUCUCCCAUGCCUUUGACUGCUAUUACGACCCCGAGGUGGAGCAGAGGGGAGCAAGUUUAGACAUCUUCGGCAGGUACGACGGUGGAGGAGUGUGCAUCGGCUGCCAGCACAACACUGCUGGAGUGAACUGUGAGCGCUGUAUUGACGGCUUCUAUAGACCUUAUGGAGUUCCACCAGAGUCUUCCACUGGGUGCAUACCUUGCCGAUGUAAUGAGCAGACCACAGCUGGAUGUGAGAUGGGCUCUGGAAGGUGUCUCUGCAAGCCACAGUUUACAGGAGACAACUGUGAUCGCUGCGCUGAUGGCUACUAUUACUACCCAGAAUGCAUUAGAUACCCAGUUUAUGAGACAACCACAAAGUCCUCCGCUGGUCCUAUUGUGGACCCUACUUGCCCGCUGGGGUAUUACGGCCCACCCAGAUGUCAGCAGUGCAUGUGUGACUAUAGAGGAACAGUCCAAGAGGUGUGUGAUGUUUUUGGGCGCUGCCUGUGUCGUCGUGGUGUGGAAGGCGAGGCAUGUGACCGCUGCCAGCCUGGAUACCAUUCAUUUCCAAACUGCCAGGCUUGUGAGUGUGAUGGGGCUGGUGUAGCUGACAUCACAUGCGCUCCAAAUGGCCAGUGCAUUUGCCUCCCCAACUAUUUGGGCCGGAACUGUGACGAAUGUGCUCCCGGUUUCUAUGGAUACCCGGACUGCGCUGGCUGCCAGUGUUCAGCGGAGGGCUCAUAUGGGACCACAUGUAACCCUCUCUCAGGACAGUGCCUGUGUCUGCCUGGUGUGGUGGGCCAGCAGUGUGACCGAUGUGCUUCUGGAGUCUUGAGCUUUCCUCAAUGCUCAGCACCCAUCGGCAUUUGUAACGCUGCAGGAUCUGAAAUCACUGAUCUUCAAGCGGGCGUGUGCCGCUGCCGUCCAAAUGUGGAAGGAACCUUGUGUGAUAAGUGUAAACCCCUCUAUUGGAAUUUGGCUUCAAACCACCCUCGGGGCUGUAUAGAGUGUCGAUGUGACGUGAAAGGGACUGUAAGUGGGAUUGGAGAGUGUGACCAGAAAACUGGACAAUGCCACUGUAAGCCUAAUUCUUGUGGUCAUGGAUGCGACACUUGCAAGGACGGAUAUUUCCUACUUCGAAAGCGCAAUUACUUUGGCUGUCAAGGUUGUGAGUGUGAUGUGGGCGGAGCUAUUGAUUCAGCCUGUGAUGACAUAUCUGGGCAGUGCCAGUGCCGCCAGAACAUAGUCGGCCUCAAAUGCACAGAGCCUGCACCCAACUACUAUCUCCCCACACUGCACCAGCUCAAGUAUGAGCUAGAGGAUGGGACCACUCCAAAUGCCAGACCUGUGCGCUUUGGUUAUGACUCUGAGGUGUUUCCAGAUUAUAGUUGGAGAGGAUACGCUUUCAUGUCACCUGCACAGAAUGAAAUCAAAGUAAGCGUGCAUGUUGACCCCAGAGAUGAGAGUCAGCAGUUUUUCCGUGUGGUUUUGAGAUUCAUUAACCCAAGCAGCUCCACAGUAACUGGCCAUGUUAAAGCUACUAAUUCCUGGGGCACUGCAGGGUCAGAUCAGAGUAAGGAAGUGGUGUUUCCCAGGAGUCGGUCCCCAUCUUUCCUCACUGUCCCAGGAGAGGGCUUCGCGGAGCCCUUUGCCCUCACCCCAGGAAAAUGGUUCAUCCACAUAAGAGCUGAGGGAGUACUGCUGGAUUAUCUAGUGUUGCUGCCCCGUGAUUAUUAUGAAGCCCCUCUGCUUAAAGAAAAGGUCACCACACCGUGCACAUACCAACUUACUGCUGAUAGGGACACAAACUGUUUACUAUACAAGCACCUAUCCCUGGAUGCAUUCACCUCAGUACUGGGCACACAAGGGGUGCUGUCCAGCCGCGGUGGGCGUAAGAGGAGGCAGACCAAAGUGCGAAGGCCCACUGCAGACCACCCAGAGAUGGUUCUGCUCAAUGGGAGACAGUCCCAGCUGCAGCUCACCCUGCGCGUGCCUCAACCCGGUGCCUAUGCUCUGGUCCUGGAGUAUGCUAGUGAAGUGGACACUCUGCAGAACGUAAACAUGCUCAUUAGCGGCCAGUCUGGCACUCAAAUCCUGGCAAGGGCUAACAUUUAUAGCUGCGCUUUCAGCUUUUUGUGCCGAAGUGUAGCAGUGGACAGCAGUAACAGGGUGGCAAUGUUGCAGUUAACUCACAAAACAGCACUCCUGCUUCAGACGUCUACUACUACAUUCAUGUUGUAUAAGGUGUAUGUGGUGCCUGCAGAGGAGUUCUCAGUGGAGUAUGUUGAGCCGAAAGUGCUUUGUGUUUCUACUCAUGGACGCUUCACUGAAGACAGUCAGUAUUGUAUUCAGAGUCAGUUUGACAUGCCUGGAUCCCCCUGGCUCCUGUCUGCGGCCCGGGAUGGACAGCUGUCAUCCAGCCCGGCAUCUGACCAUCAGCACAGAGAGAGUGAGGAAUGGAGACGCCGCAGACAGACUGGUGUAUUUCCAAUACGUGAACCUCCCAAUGAUGGCGUUCUGCUUAAAUUCCCUCAGACAGAAAUCACUUUCUCUCCUCGGGUGCCCCUCCCAGGCAGGUAUGUGGUUGUGGUCCAUUACCACCAGCCUGAGCACAUCAGUUUCCCUGUGGAAGUGCGAGUGGAGGCGGGGCGUGACUGGACUGGUUCAGUGAAUGCAUCGUUCUGCCCUGCAAUGUCAGGCUGCAGAGACGUACUGAUCUUUGAUGGUCACAUUGCACUUGAUUUCACUCCACAUUCCUGGCGACAGCCCAGCAUCUCCCUGAUCAUUCCACCACGGAAGACCCUGUUUGUGGAUUAUUUGUUGCUGGUUCCAGACAGCAGUUACACCCCAGAUGCCCUGAAAGCUCAGCCACAGGAUAAAUCAGCAGAUUUCAUUCAGCAGUGUCGAGGGGAAGGCUUCUAUAUUGACCCAGUCAGCUGCCCAGAGUUCUGCAGACAUGCAGCACGCUCUCUUGUAGCAGCUUACAAUAAUGGCGCUCUUCCCUGUGACUGUGAUAAGACUGGCUCAACUUCUUCUACAUGUGACCCAUUGGGAGGACAGUGCCCGUGCAGGCAGUUUGUGAUCGGACGCCAAUGCAAUAAGUGUGCUACAGGAUACUAUGGCUUUCCCUACUGCAGACGCUGUGAAUGUGGGCGUCGGCUGUGUGAUGAGGUGACAGGGCGCUGUAUUUGCCCCCCUCAGACAGUCAGACCCUCCUGUGAUGUGUGUCAGAAUCUGACCUACAGCUACCACCCCCUGUUGGGCUGUGACGACUGCGAGUGUUCACCCACUGGUAUCAUUGCUAAUGCAGGGCCCGACUGUGACCGCAUCACUGGACAAUGCAGUUGUAAGCCCAGGAUUGGAGGGAGGCAGUGCGACCGCUGUGCUGCUGGUUACUAUGGUUACCCACAAUGUGCGCGCUGCAACUGUGAACAGGGAGGUGUCACCAGCGAGGUGUGUGAUCCUGACACUGGUGCAUGUCUCUGCAAGAGAAAUGUGGUUGGACCCAGGUGUGAAAGCUGUCGAACAGGCUCUUUCCACUUUGACCCUCUCAACCCUAUGGGCUGCACCAGCUGUUUCUGCUUUGGAGCAACAGACCAGUGUGAGAGCUCCACCAAACGGAGGGGAAAGUUUGUGGAGAUGCGUGGCUGGCGACUGGAAAGUCCAGACCAAAAGGAGGUGCCCUCGGUACUGAACUCAGCCAGUGGGACUGUGGUGGCAGAUGUCCAGGAGCUCAGUCCUACAGUCUGGGUGCUGCACUGGGUGGCACCGCGCUCUUACCUGGGAAACAGGGUCUCCUCCUACGGCGGUUUCUUGACUUACCAAACAAAGUCUUUUGGCAUUCCUAGUGAGGGGAUGACUUUGAUCGACAGAAGACCAGAUGUUCUCCUUACUGGCCAAAGUAUGACUCUCGUUCACGUGGCCCCACAGCUUCCAAAUCCAGACAGGAUCUACCAUGGACGAGUGCAGCUUGUAGAGGGAAACUGGCGUCAUGCAGGCAACAACAGGCCGGUGUCUAGACAGGAGCUGAUGAUGGUCUUGGCCAGUCUGGUGGGUCUGAGGAUCAGAGCACUGUACUUCACUCAAAGCCAGCGCCUGAGCCUGGGGGACGUGGGGCUGGAGGAGGCCUCUGACAGUGGCACAGGGAGCCCAGGCAGCACUGUGGAGAAGUGCUCCUGCCCUCCUGAGUACUCUGGGGACUCCUGUGAGAAAUGUGCCCCCGGUUACUUCAGAGAUGGUAGUGGACUGUACCUGGGCCAGUGUAUACCAUGCAACUGUAACGGAUUAGCCACCGAGUGUGAGGACAAAACAGGGAGGUGUCUGAACUGUCAAUACAACACAGCUGGAGACAGAUGUGAACGCUGCAAAGAGGGUUACUAUGGAAACCCAUCACAAAGGACAUGCACUGUUUGCCCUUGCCCCUUCAGUGUGUCCACAAACAGUUUUGCUAUGGGCUGUCAGGAGGUCAGCGGUGGGAUCAAGUGCUCAUGUAAACUUGGCUACACUGGGGAAAGAUGUGAGAGAUGUUCUCCUGGUUUCUAUGGUGACCCUAUGGCUCCCGGAGGAAGCUGUCGGCCAUGCAACUGCAAUGGCAAUGGGAACAAUUGUGACCCUAGGACUGGAAUCUGUAAGAAUACGCUGGAGCCUGGAGACACUAACACAGAUGACCAGUGCAAAGAAUGUGAUAACUGUGCGUUGACUUUGCUGAAUGAUUUGGAAAAGCUAGAUGACGAACUGCAAAGAAUCAAAACUUUGUUGGAAAAUGCCAGUGCGAGUUCAUCUUCCAACGAGAGACUGAAAAAGCUCGAGAAGGCCAUAGCAGAUACCAAGAUUCUUGUGGACAAAUACACCCGCUCAGUAAACAACCAAAAGACCAAAAUCACCCAGCUCGAGGACGACAUCAACAGUCUGGAGAAUGAUAUUGGUCCCCUCAAAGACAAGGCUAAAGACACUGCAUCAGCCACAGACAAAGCAAUAGAAGAAAUAGACAAGACACACAAACGAGCAAAGACCCUGGAUACAGAUAUCAAUAAUAUGCUCAAGAAAAUUCACGCCCUGAUCGACCAGUUGCGAGAAAUGGGAACAAGUGGUGAUCGUCCGUCAAAUGAAAACCUAACCAAAUUAUUAGAAGAAGCAGAACGUAUGGUAAAGGAGAUGGGACAGAGGAACUUCACUCCUCAGAAAACAGCUGCUGAGACUGAAAGAGAAGAAGCUAGAAAAUUGCUGGACUACAUCAGAACGAAUGUGAGUGAUCAGUGUGACCAAAAUGAGGCGACUGCAAAGAAACUGAACUCACUGCUGAAUAACUUCAAUAACAAACUCAAAGAUCUGGAGGAGGCUCUGAAGCAGGCGGAAGACCGAGUGAAACAGGCUAUGUCCCAGAAUGACCUCAGCGCUAAAGAGCUGGAAGACCUGAAGAAACGUGUAGAGGCCUUGAAAAAGGAGAGGAAGACUGUACAGGAUCAAAUGGACAUGGCCAAAAAUGAGCUACAAAAGACUCAGGAUAUGGUGAAAAUGCUAACAGACAGCAAAAAGGAGUAUGAAGAGUUAGCCGCACAACUCGAUGGGGCUAAAACAGAUUUGACCAAGAAAGUGAAUGAUCUCACCAAAGCAGCUGCCCAAGAAGACAUUGUGAUCAAAGCAGAGGAGCAUGCAAAGAACCUCGCCAAGAUGGCCAAAGAGCUUGAGGAUGCAGUGAAGAAUGCCAGUGACAGGGCUGAAGUGCGCAAUGCUAAAGAUGCUAUCGAUGCGUACAAGAACAUCACAGAGGCCAUCAACGCUGCAGAGACUGCUGCUAAUGAGGCUAAAGAGGCAGCGGAAAAUGCACUGAACAACGUCAAUGACCAAAAGCUAACAGAAAGAGCAAAGGACCUCAAAGAUACAAGUAAAGACCUUGUGGGUGAGGCAGAGGAUGCUGAAAAGAGACUUAAUGCUACGGUGGACGACAUCACUGCUCUGAAGAAACGUCUGAAACAGGCUGAGAGAAAAAAGAAAACUCUUGAAAAUGAUCUUCUGAAUGCUCAAAAUGGUUUAAAGGACAUCGACAGAGGUGAGAUUGCUGAAAUGCUAGAAGAAGCAAAGAGAAAAGCAGCAUUGGCCAAUGACACAGCCACAAAUACGUUGGACAGACUGGACGAAAUCCAAAAGGAGCUGGGCAAGAUCAACAUCUCCCCUGUGGACUCCAAUAGCAGCGGUAUCCUGGAUGAUGUGGAUCAGUCAGUGAAGAAGCUGUUAAAUACAAUACCAACACUUACCAAUAAAAUCUCAGAAGUGGAAAACCUAACCAUGGACCUCACACCACUCAGCAACAUCACAGACAACAUCAGGAAAAUCAAAGAUCUUAUUGAACAGGCCCGAGAUGCUGCCAACAGGAUUGGUAUCCCCAUGAAGUUCAAUGGAGAGGGCUAUGUGGAGCUGAGACCACCCAAAGACCUGGAUGACCUGAGAGCCUACACUUCAGUGUCUCUGCAGCUCCAAAGGCCUAUAGGCAGAGGGGAUGGCAGGCGCAGGCGCAGGCAGAUCAGAGGGAAAGAAGAUCUGUUUGUCAUGUACCUUGGCAGUAGAGAUUCUUCUAAAAACUACAUCGGCAUGGUCUUGAGGGACAACAUAUUGUAUGGUGUGUACAAACUCAAUGGAGUGGAGUAUACAAUGAAAUCAGACCAAAUCACUAAGUCUGUACCGGAGCAGUCCAAGUUUGACCAAGCAAUCCUUAGGAGAAUGUACCAGGAUGCAGAGCUGAUCCUCAACAAAGAUGUUGUGGCGGGAGGACCUGCAGUUACAAGUAACGCACAGGGAGACCAAAUGAAGAACCUCUUGGACCUUAGCCCUCAUGAUGUGGUUUUCUAUGUGGGAGGAUACCCAGCCAACUUCACUCCACCAGCUUCUCUCAAUUACCCAAUGUACACGGGCUGCAUUGAAUUUGGUUUAUUCAAUGACAGAGCUAUCAGCCUUUAUAAUUUCCAAACUGCAUAUAAAGUUAACCCAGAGACUCCAUGCAAACGGCAAGUGCUUCCUGAGGAGUCUGAUUUCUUUGAGGGCACUGGAUAUGCCAAAUUUUACUUAAAUAAAGUAGGAAGUCUCAUCUUCUUAGAAUUUUCUGUCAGUAGCCGCUCAGAAAAUGGACUUUUGUUUUACAUGGGGACUGAGGACAAAUACUUUGCUUUGACGAUUGAAAAGGGUUUUGUGCUCCUGCAUAGUAACUGCCUCACUGGACCACCAACAUACGGGGAGAUGAAAGUAUUUCCUCGUGAAGAUUUUGCAAAUGGCGUCAUUGUUUUGAAUAGCAGAGGGAGUAUCACAGUGAACCUAGCUUCAAAAAUUGUGGUCAAGGCUAAUGCUGCCUUUACCCUGACUGACUUCACUGAAUAUUACAUUGGUGGUGUCCCUCAGGACAUACGAGAAAGACAUAACAUCACAAUGCAGCCAUACAAAGGUUGUGUCAAAAAUAUUAAGCUGGACAGAACAUACAAAGCCAUCGAUGAGGCGGUGGGCAUCAACAAAGGAUGUCCUCGGGAAUCUAUGAUUUCUCGUAAAACUGAGUUGAACCUAGGCAGCUCCUUGUCAGGUAACCUCGCAGGCUUCACUCUGGACAAAGAUGUGACCCUCUCCCUUGGAUUCAGAAGCAGUGAGAACCAGGGUCUCAUCCUACAAGACAAAAAACUCGCUAAUGGGUUGAAUCUGGCGCUAGAGGAUGGCUAUGUGACUCUAGCAUUUAACAACAAGAAGUGGCGUUCCAACAGAAAGUACAGCGAUGGAUUGUGGCAUUACUUAACUGUCACCAGAAGAGGAGAAAUAAUCGACCUCUUUAUCGAUGAUGAAGACAAAGGCCAGGUGCAGAGCGGCUCCGUGACCAUCCCAGACACAAAUGGUGCAGUGGUCCUGGGUAAAGACAAGUUCAAAGGCUGCAUUUCCAACCUGUACACAAGACGACCAGACAACCUGUUCAAAGCUGAAGAUCUGAGUUUGUUCACGACCAGUGGAGAUGUUCUUCUAGACGUGUGCAGUGCUCAGAGCCCCGCCCAGCUCAUGCUCGACCGCUCGCCCAAUAAAAGGUGAAGCAGACCGACUGGCGCUGACCAGGACCUAACGCCAAUCAUUUUAACAUAAUUGCAGAUUGCACAUGAAUGUUUUGUUUAUUUUGUGAAAUUAUGUUAUAUUUCUAAUAAAAGGCUGCCUUAAUAACAAAGCCA